AUGCUCGCUAAAGGAGGGUGGAGGAUUCUUAAAGACAAAGACUGCUUGUGGGCUCAAGUCAUGAGAUCGAAGUACGGGAAGCAACGGGAGGGUCUUGAAGUUCUUCGGCCUGUUAAGGGAGGUUCCUUUACCUGGAACAGCUUGAAUAAAGCCUCAAACCUUCUUCGGAAGGGCUGUGCGUGGAAUAUUCAUAAUGGAAAAGGAGCUAAGUUUUGGCGUGAUGUUUGGCUUUUGCAGGUUCCUUUGGCGGAGGUGGCGCUUCAACCGGUAACGGAGGAGAUGCUGAAUGAGCAGGUGGCGGAUUAUGUUGAUGAGGAUGGUAGAUGGGAUAUCAAUCGCUUGGAGGAUUGGCUUCCUCCUGAGGUGCUCCAAAAGAUUACGGCGAACCUGGUGGAUCCCCUCUCUCUGGAAGAGGACACUAUUCUCUGGACCGCCUCCUCGAAUGGCCACUUCUCAACCUCCUCAGCCUACAGUCUAGCCUUGCCUCCAAGGCACGAUCCGAACGAGAAGGUGUGGCGAACCAUUUGGAAACUUCCGGUUGCAGAAAGAGUCAGGUGCUUCGUGUGGCUGAUGUCUCUUGGGCGCAUUGCGACGAAUGCUCUCCGCUAUUCUCGUAAAUGUGCGGAGUCCCCCAUGUGCCUUAGAUGCGGGAAUGACGAAGAGACCAUUCUUCACUUGCUUCGGGAUUGCUAUCCUGCUCGUUUCUUUUGGCUGCGAUGGAUCCCUCAGGCGGAGCAGCAGAGCUUUUUCAGCAGCAGUCGGGAGGAUUGGGUCAGAGACAAUAUUCUGAAAGAGGACGUGACGGAGUCAGGUAUGAGUUGGAACAGCUUCUUUGGUACUGCUGUGUGGUGUAUCUGGAAGAACAGGUGUACAGGGUGUUUCCAGGGAUUACAGAAGGCGCUUUCUGCACCCUCCCUUGCGUUCUCCAUCCAGCAAAAGGCUAUUUUGUGGCAUAAAGCGUGGCAGGCCCCUACGGUGAACUUUGGACGCCAGGGAUCCAGACCGGAGAGGAUUGAGACGCAGAUUCAUUGGAGUUCCCCUUGUAAUGGGUGGGUGAAGCUUAAUGUGGAUGGGGCGUCGGCGGGCAACCCGGGGCUUGCUGGUGCUGGGGGUAUUAUCCGUGAUGAGCAUGGUAAGUGGAUCCGGGGCUUUGUUGCUAAAGUGGGUGAGGCCUCGGCGACCCUUGCCGAGCUCUGGGCAGUUUACUAUGGCCUUCAUCUCUCCAGGAAAGCCGGGUCUUCUUGCGUUCUUGUUGAGUCGGACUCUCAAUUGGCUAUCGCUUUGAUCAAGAGUCGUCAUGACCCCGUUCAUCCCUACGCCGCUCUGUUGGCUUCGAUUCGGAGGUUUCUGGCGCAGGAUUGGUUGGUCAGCAUCGGGCAUAUGUAUCGGGAGGGGAAUAGAGCCGCGGACUGGCUCUCGAAGCACAGUAUCGUCUAUCCCCUGGGUAUGCAUGAACUUGUUGAUCCACCGCCGGCGUUAGCUCCUAUUCUUAUGGAAGAUUGUAUGGGCAUUUCCUUUCAGCGUCGUGUGGUGACGCAUCCCUCUUCUUCUCUGUAA